UUAACCUGAGGUACCACUGUACAUUUCUAUGGUUUUAUACUACUACAGGCAGGAAGGUAAUCUCAGCCCCAUCUAAAGCUACUUUUGCCAGCCGAAACUCCUUAAUCUUUCCAAACAAGCUUCAAACCUGGUCACUCUUUGCUUUUCUGUCCACGUUUAGCUCCCUGCCCCCCUUUUUGCUCUAUAUCAGGUACGUCCAACUCCCAAGAUACUGCAAUCUACUCCCAGUAUAUAGGAAAGGCAGUGAGCUACCCCUUGGCAUUUUGGGGGGGAGGGUUGACCAGAGUUGUCCACCGCUGACAAUAGCACACAGCACUACAGCAGCCAGUAGACAAAUGAGCCCAUCUCUUUGCCCUCCUUGCCGGGGAGGAAAUAAACGUCAGCGUGCCACACCUCUUAAUAUGGAUCCCGCGAUCAACCAGUUGGACAUGCCUGGUAUAUAUCUUCCCAAGUAGGGUUGCCUUCUCAUCAGCCUGGGAUGCUCCUGGGCUUUAUUUACAGCAGCUAAUCUAAAUUGUAGUGAAAUCAGUAGUUAAAACUCUUCACAGUUUGAGGAUGAAGUGUUACCACCUGCUAAUGUUUUGUUAAUCUGCUUGUUAAAGGCACAGUGACAGAGGUUGACUGAAGAGUUGGCAGCACUACUCCCAAGCCUUCAUGCUGCUUUCAGCGCUCAUCCUGUGAGUCAUUCCUGCUUUGCCUCCCCUAGAUAUGAUUUGUGGCAUUGAAAGGACUUCCUUAGAGGAAAUGUUAAAGAUCUGACGCUGGUUGGGGCCUGCUCUGGGAGUCUGCUAGUGUUUACCUCUGAUACUUGGCCUAAGUAGGGACUUCUGGGGGUGAUUUUUCCUUGCUUCUGGCUCCCCAUCUGCCAGACAGCAUCCCUAAACAAUGGACAGAGUCCUCUCGUGGCUGAGGAAACUCUGCGGCAAGGAAGAGGCCGAAGAAGAAAAAGGAGAACGCGACUCGCUACGGGAGAAAAGUUCGGGUGAUGAGGAUGAAGCACCCUACUAUGGUACCAUCAACGGAGGCAAUGUUGCAGAGGCGUCCUGCGCUCCUUGUGUUGGCGCUGCCAGCCGUGGCUCCGUCACCUGCCCUACGUGCCAGGGCACCGGGAGGAUCCCCCGAGAACAAGAACAGCAGCUGGUGGCCCUCAUUCCGUAUGGAGACCAGAGGCUCAAGCCCAGGCGAACGAAGCUGUACGUAUGUCUCACAGUGGCUAUCUGCCUGCUGAUGACAGGCCUCAUGAUGUAUUUCCUGUUUCCACGCUCCAUUGCAGUGGUCCCUGCCGGACUGAAUUUCUCAUCUAUAUCUUUUGACAAUUCUACUUACAGCAUCACCCUUAAUAUGACUAAUAUGCUGAAUGUGACAAACAACAACUUUUACACUGUGCAUGUGUCUCAACUUGCUCUCGAAGUCUUGCACAAGGCACUGGUGAUUGGGAAAAACACUGUGACGACACAGCUGGACAUCAGACCUUUACAUGGGGCUCAGAUGCAUUACAGUGUCUCGAGUAAAAUCAUGGAUAAUAACACUUACAACAUUUGCACGUGGUCCAAAAUAAAAGUUCACAAUGUUCUCCUGCACAUACAGGGUACUGUGACUUGCUCAUACCUUGCUCACUCGGAGCAGUUGGCCUUUGAAAACUACCAGUAUGUGGACUGCAGAGGUAAUGUCAUGCUUCCUGGGAUGUCCGGCUCCUCCUGUUCCCCGUAGCUGCUGUGAACUCCCAGAGGAGAAACUGUUUGCCACAUCUUCCGCCCUCUGCAAUGAAAUCGCAGCAGCAGCAGCAACAUUUUCAUCCCUCCUGUAAACUCUGGGGUCAGGAAGGGAGAGGCGUUUCAUUCAGUAUUGCUAUUUCUGCUGCUAAGACGAGGGGCAGCCUCAUCAGGAUGUAACAAGAUUUGGGUGAUGCUGUUUGACACGUGUCUUGAGGGACCAGCAGAAAUGCGUCUGAUUGUGGAAGAUAGAAUCCAAGAAAAGCAUGCUGGAGCUUUGGGAUUUUGCACUGGAAUUUGCAUAGCUUUGGGCUGUAUGCGUCCAACACCCACUGGCCAGAUUGGACUGAUCUUCUACAAAUGUUUUCUGGUCUGAAGAAGUGCCAAGUGUGUGCUUUACGGGAAGGCUGGAGUUUACCUUUGAGGUUGUCGUUCAAAACAAUCUUCCCUUGCUAAGCAGCAGAGAACUAUGGACUUUGCACUCUUCACUUGCACAGGCAAACACUGCUUCUAAAUGAGGCUGUAUGUUUACUCAUCUCUCAUCCCACUGGCUUCCUCCUGACCAUUGGAUCAGCCCUUUGCAAUGUGUGGCGGAGGCGGAGUAAGAGUACACAAAGGUUUUGGAAGUCACAAAUCUAUUAUUCCAUGUUCAAAUCCUGUCUUUCUAAAUGCACCCCUCUCUCUUCUGGGCAGAGUCGGGGAGAUAAUAAAAUCAUGCUGACCUCCAUUUUCUCUCUGUCAGAUUGCACAAUUCUCAAAAAAAGGACUCCAGAAUAAAUAGUCUCAUGCAUUGUUA